AUGCAACAGAUCCUAGCAAGAGGAACACCCAAAAAUCAGGGAGUCGAUAUCAACGACUUUCAUAGCCUUGUUGGGCACUGGGAAAGAAGGAUUCCGGUUCCUUUAGUCCCUGCUGCCGUCGUCGUUCUCCCGCUGUCCCACAAAGUUCUCAUGUGGGCAGCUGACCGUGGCGAUGUCUUCGGCAAUGAUACAAGCAAUCCAGGAAGGACUAUAACUUCGAUUUUCGAUCCAAUGUCUGGUAUCGUCACUGAACGCAAUGUUUCUAUCACAAAUCAUGACAUGUUUUGUCCGGGCCUUUCGAUGGAUGUUAGUGGUCGCCCAACCGUCACUGGUGGAAAGAGUGAACAGCGUGUGAGCAUAUAUGAUGAGACUCUAGAUGUCUGGAUCUCUGGCCCAGAUAUGAAGAUCGGACGCGGCUAUCAUGCACAGGCAACACUUUCUGAUGGCCGUACCUUCACUAUUGGAGGAUCCUGGAGUGGCCCUAUCGGCGGCAUGGACGGGGAGGCUUUUGACCCAUCAACAGGGACUUGGUCUUGGCUUCACGAGUGUAAAGUAGCUCCUAUGCUCACCAACGACCUUCGAGGCGUCUUUUGCUCCGACAAUCAUCCCUGGCUGUUUAGUUGGAAAAAUUCCUCUGUCUUUCAAGCUGGGCCAUCAAGCGCAAUGAAUUGGUAUGGAACAAGCGGUAAUGGAAGACAUGCUGCUGCUGGGUACCGAGCUCGAGAUACUGAUGCGAUGAAUGGAAAUGCAGUAAUGUAUGAUGCCGUGCACGGCCACAUUCUGACUCUGGGAGGCGCGACCAGUUACAGUGGAGCCUACAGCACUCGCUCAGCGCACAUAAUCACCUUGACAGAGCCGUUUGUGCCACCCAGCGUUCAGGCAAUCAAUCCAAUGCACCAUCCCCGAGCAUACGCUAACAGCGUAAUCUUACCUACCGGAGAGGUAUUCAUAAAUGGGGGAACAUCGUUCGCGAAACAAUGGACCGACAUCAACGCGACAAUGAUUCCUGAGCUUUGGAGCCCUGAAACUCAAAAGUUCAUCCCAAUGGCGCGAACACCGAUACCUCGCACCUAUCAUAGCACAGCAAUCCUUCUCCCAGAUGCUACUGUCCUUGUUGGAGGCGGAGGUCUUUGCUGGGGCUACUGUGAGGAUCCUUCGGCCAACCAUUUCGACAUUCAGAUCUUCUCGCCCCCUUACUUGUUCAAUGCCAAGGGUUUCUUGUCGUCCCGGCCCUCAAUCACUUCAGUCUCGACUAAGACUAUCGCUGUCGGAUCUUCUUUUCGCGUAACCACGAACAUGGAAGUUGGUCAUUUUUCGUUUCUACGAUACGGCUCCUCAACUCACGCUAUAAAUACAGAUCAAAGACGGAUCGUCUUGGCAUCAAAACUACUGCAAGAGACUGUCUCGGCGUAUAUGAUAACAACGCCCAAAGAUCCGGGUAUCCUUAUACCAGGUUAUUGGAUGCUUUUUGCAAUUGGCAGUGAAGGGAUUCCAAGCGUUGCUGAGACGAUUUUGGUCAACUUAUAAUAUGUCCAGGGUAGCAUGG